AUGGAUGUACCAGAGGGGAAUGGAAACCCUUUGGGCAAUGGACUCGGUCGAGCUAGGCAAACUCGACCGAUUGGUCAAGGAGAUGCUCCAAACCGCCACCAACAGAGACAAGGGAUUGUUCCACCACCAGUGCAGAACCACAACUUUGAGAUCAAGCUGGGAAUGAUCAACCUUGUCCAGAACAAGAUGUUCCAUGGAUUGCCAAGUGAAGACCCCAUUGACCACCUUGAUGAGUUUGAUAGGCUUUGUGAUUUGACAAAGAUCAAUGGUGUCUCUGAAGAUGCCAUCAAGCUGAGACUCUUUCCUAUGUCUCUAGCUGACAAAGCUCACCAAUGGGAGAAGAGCUUGCCCCAUGGCACAAUCACCACUUGGGAUGAAUGCAAGAAGGCCUUUCUUGCUAAGUUUUUCUCCACCGGUCGCACAGCCAAGCUUAGAGGAGAGAUAUCCAGCUUCAUCCAGCGAAACAAUGAGACAUUCGCAGAGGCUUGGGAGAGGUUCAAAGGCUACACAAGUCAGUGCCCACACCAUGGAUUCAACAAUGAAUCACUACUCUCCACUCUUUAUAGAGGAUGCUUGCCUAGGUAUAGGGAGAUGCUAGACACAGCUAGCAAUGGGAACUUCCUCAACCAGGAUGUAGAUGAUGGCUGGCAACUUGUGGAGAACAUAGCUAACUCAAAUGGAAGCUAUGGAGAAGAGUAUGAUCGCACCAACCGGAGCUCGACCCACCACUCGAUCGAGUCAGACGAAAAGUUGAGAAAAGAUGUUAAGGCAUUGAAUGAGAAGUUGGAUAAGCUGAUCCUAGCUCAGUCCACAAUGAAGAAAGUCAACUUUGUGUCUGCUGAGGAGAUGGAACCAGUCCAAGAAGGGGAGGAUACACAAUUUGCUGAGGUGUGCUACAUGAGCAAUGGGCAAGGAGGUUACAACAAAGGAUACUAUAAUUACAAGUCCAACCCUGCCAUGUCAUACCGCAACACUGAUGUUGCUAACCCUCAGGACCAAGUAUAUCCUCAACAACAAGCAGCUCGAUCGAGUCAAGGCCACAACAUGGGCUUCCCCCACCAACCGCCCCAGCCUGCACCUUCACAAGAGAAUGAGCUCAAGGCAAUGCUAAAGCAACUACUUCAAGGGCAAGCUGAUGGGGUAGUGGACACAAGCAAGAAGCUAGCUGAAAUAAACUCUAAGAUCGAGAACCUCAACACAAGGGUUUACUCUCUGGAGAAUCAUGCUUCUUCUGUUGCUGCUGCUACAAAGCAAGGACAACUACCUGGUAAAGCUAUUCAGAACCCCAAGGAACAGUGCAAGGUCAUCUUCACUCAAGAAGGACUUGUUGAAGAAGAGGAUCAAGAAAGGGUCAUUGAAGAUUUUUGUUUACUGCUGAAUGAUGAAGAGAUUGUUGCUGCUGAGGCUCCUGGAGUCCAGAUUGAUCAACCAGAAGUGCAUGCACCUACUGUGGCCAUUCACACUUCACCAGUUGAGCUCGCACGACAAGCUCGAUCGGCAGCUCGAUCGAGUCCAACUCUAGCUCGAUCGAGUCCGACCUCUUCUGUCCGACAGCCUGUUUUGCUUGAUCCUUAUCAACCGGUUGCCGCUUCCUCGUCUCGCCUACUUAGUCAAGGUCACAAGGAAGUGAUUCACAAGUUCAGAAGAGAUCUCAGUGGGAUUGGAAUUGAGUUGCCUCUAUGGAUAGCAUGA